GGUACCCUGCCCACAGGGAGACAAACACUGCAUACACACCUGGAAGAUAUGCACGCGGGCUGAGCGCGUUUAGAGGAGACCGUGAGCCUGAAGCAGACUCAGCUUUAGGACCAGAAACUGGAUUUCAGUUGCGGUAAUAACGGACCCAUCUCACACAAGACACGGUCUCAUCUAGCCCACGUCACCGGGAGGAGGGGGGUGAAGGAAGGCUUCUAGGAGGACAAGAUAGAGGAGGACAGGAAGCAGAAUUCUGUCAAAAUUCCGACGGGAAUUAAAUACAGUUCACUGUCUCCCGGUACCGGGGGAGACCUCCGGCCGCUCGUCAUGUCACGCGCAAAGGAGCGGCUGAAAGGAGGGAAGGAGACCAAGGACAGCGUCACUCUGCUGCCCUGUUUUUAUUUUGUGGAGCUCCCCAUUCUGGCGUCCUCAGUUGUCAGUCUUUAUUUCCUGGAGCUGACGGACAUUUUCCAACCGGUGCAUUCUGGGUACAGUUGUAACGACCGUAGUCUGUCACUUCCCUACAUCCUGCCCAGACAGGAAGUCUGCCCCCUGCCUUUGCUCUUCAGCUUGGCCUUUGCUGCUCCAACUGUCACUAUCCUGAUAGGAGAGGCCAUCCUGUACUGUUAUCUGUCGAGGAGGUCAUCAUCAGCACAGACUGAGGCCAACAUUAACGCUGCAGGAUGUACUUUCAACUCCUACAUUCGCAGAGCAGUGCGCUUUAUAGGUAUCCAUAUUUUCGGACUGUGUGUGACGGCACUCAUAACUGACAUUCUCCAGCUGUCCACUGGYCAACACACUCCCUAUUGGCUGGAAGUGUGUAAACCCAACCUGACCCACAUCAACAUUUCCAGUUGUGACGAGGCUUUUAUUCUGGAGGACAUCUGCUCUGGACAGGACUUAGGACUGAUCAAUGCUGGGAGGAAGUCUUUUCCAUCCCAGCAUGCUACACUGGCUGCCUUCGCUGCUGUCUACGUCUCAAUGUACUUCAACACAGUGCUGACAGACUCUGCCAAGCUCCUGAAGCCUCUGCUGGUGUUCUCUUUCGUCAUGUUGGCCAUCCUGGCUGGAUUAACCAGGAUCAUUCAGUUCAGAAACCACCCUGUGGAUGUCUAUUGUGGGUGGUUCCUUGGAGCUGCCAUUGCAGUUUACCUGGGUGUGUAUGCGGUUGGCAAUUUUCAGCCAAGUGAAGAUUGCUGCAGAAGUCGACCUCUUCCUCCCAUUCUGAGAGAGCCAGCCCUGUCCUCCCUCCCUAAUGUCAGCCAAUCAUCAUUUAGUAACAGUCAUCAAGGUCAUCAUACCUUGGUUCCCAGCCCACCAAAACCCAUCAUAACAAGGACCUCUUCCCACACCUUGUCCCCUGAUCAACCAGUAACCAUCUUGACCCGUAGUUCUUCCUACCGAGAACCGUCCCUGAGCAAUCUGAAGAGAACCAGUGCAGAGGUGGAAGUGAUCACUGCAUCCAGCACACCAGGAAAUCAUGACAACAUGAUGACCUUCAGUAGCAGCACACUGCCAAGGUCUCAUGGAGGUUCUUCAAUGGAAGAGGGACGGAUUCCACGGCGACAUGCUGCCAUCCAUGCCUCCAUGGACUCAACGCGCUCCAAACAGCUGCUCAGCCAGUGGAAGAACAAGAACGACAACAGGAAGAUGUCUCUGCAGGUGAUGGAUGGAAUAAGACCACCGUCUUCUUCAUCYCCUCAGAGGAACGUGGAGCUACGCUGCUCCUCUGAACCAUCUGCCAUGGGUUUAGAGGCAGAGUUGCGUGGUGGGGCACACAUGGCUUCAGCUUUAGGACAGGAGGCGGAGCUGCGUGCUGGGGCCCACAUUCCUGCUCAGUACAUGAAGCUAGCAGCUAGCUCUAUACCCAUAAACAGUCAUAAUCACCUGGGACAUAACGGCAGCUCCGGUAUGGCUGCUGGUGCCAGAGUUUCCAUCCAACCUCGACCUGGAUCGUCACAGCUAGUUCACAUUCCUGAGGAGGAAAAUCCUAACAGCAAGGACCAAGAGAGUGAGUCCGAGGACAGCAUGAUGGACGGAGGAGGGUCYGUGAGGGAGAAAUGGCUGAGAGUGGCUGAGAAGACCACCCUACCCUGCCGACCUCUCAGUGCUGGAGGACAACCUCGCCUCAUGCAGGUGAUAGCAUUAUCCAAACAGCAAGGUCUGCUUCACUCUCCUCGGUCAGAAGAUGGUGGAUCUAUCCGGUACAGAGCCCUGACAGACCAAGACCCAUCACCACCAGCCUCUACCACUGGAGCAAUGGGAGGAGGAGGAGGUUUGGAAAGAAGUGGCAGUAUAGUUCGUGUCGAAGCCCACCCAGAGUCCAGACAAAACAAACCAGUGGUGAAGCCUCCGAGUACUGAUGGAAGUGGCUCAUGGCGAUGGAAACCUCCAGAACAGCGUGCAUCUCUGCGUCAGUCUACCUUCGCCCUGAAUGACCUGAACAGACACACAGACAGCUGUGACUCUCUGAGGGACGGUGGCUCUGUGGAUGGAAGGAGGAGUGUGACAGGGACUGAGUCAGAAAGCGAAUGUGGUGGAGAUGGAGGUGGAGGAGGUGUAUACACCAACCAUCCACGUGUUGUGCACCCUUUGCACCCCCUACAUCCAAAUCAUCCAAAUAAUUUUCAGCAUUCUAGUUUUAUUCCCAACAAUUCAAGUAAUCCAAACUUUAACAACGUUCAUCCUAAUUUUAACCCCAGCUCUAUCAACUCCAACAUGACAAUCGCUCCUCCUGCCAGCUUUGCUCCACCUUUCCACCCCCACCCUCAGGCCGUCACCACUAUCAGGGUCACUCCGGUGGAGGCAACAGCUACCAGCACUGAUGGAGGCUCAGACUCCCAGUCAGCGGCCUCAUCCAGUCGUGAGUCCACUCUUAGGAGGAAGGGCAGCACCAACAAUGCCCCAGACCGAGGUCCCACCCCUGACCUCCAAAACCACCACCGUUCCUGCGAGGAAAGCAACCGCCUUGACCAUGACAGCACCAACCGUUUCCAUGAAAACCUUCGAAAUUUUCAAGAAAACCCCAUCCAGCCCAGUUUCCCCAACAGGCAGAUGCAAGGUCUAUUUGGACGUCCAAGCCCAACCCCUCCUCCUACCUUACCUCGUCCCAUCCUAACUCACACUCCACCUCCCAAUUUUGGCUUGGCUUACAAGGAAUGACAUAGUUUGGUUCAACCAAGAAAACCACUGGGUGUGCUGCUGGGGGCCAACAACCAGAACUACAAAGCCCAUCUACAAAGCAGGGYAUGCUUCUAGUUGAUAUUCUAAAAGGAUUUAGUCCCUCACUCAACUUCUCUGUUGGUCAGUUAGACAACAGGUAACAGACCGUUAAGAGUCCAGACAUAAGGUCUACAGUCAGGGCCUUCUGUGUAAGAAGUAAGGUUUGAGUCUUUUUAAAGUGUGUUCUUAAUAUUUAUUUGUAUAUUUCUAAAUGAAAGACUGCUGGAAACACUAGACAGCUUUUUGUAAAUGACAAACAGUUGCUAAAUGGGCUAAUUAAACAGCUGACCAUUGUACUCACUCAAUGCACAGAGGGAGGGAAAUGGUCUCAUUUGAUAGAAGUAAUACCUACCUGUCAGCCUAAAGACUGUGGCCACUCUUAUCCAUCUGUCAGGUCAGGUAAGACUGCAAUAACAAGUCAUUUAUAAAUAUACUCCCAGUUACAGACUUUCACUAAACASAGAAAACACAUAAACAUGUAAACUUUACAUUUAAAGYCCAUCGUAAGAAUGGGUUUGUACAUAAGUGAGCGAGUGCCAGGAAACUGAAGAAAUUAAACCCAUGGUCUUAAUUAUCAAGGGCAAAGCACCUUUUACUGCUGAGGAUCUGUGUUGGCUUAGAUUAUAUGUUGUCUAAUAUAAAGUUAAACAUCCAACAUGCUACAGUUUUAUCAUGUACAGUAUAUAAACUUUACUGUGUGGUCAUUUUACAUGGAAGAAACAUUCAGAAACAACACUGAAGGCCAAAGAUAUGACGGAUGUAUUUUUUAAACAGCCAAAUUUUAUCUGUUGUGUGGAGAAAAGGAUUAUUAAAAUAUCUUAUCACUUGAAUAGACAGAUAUUUUUUGAUUAAAAUACUACAGUAAAGCAUAUCUCUUUUAUUAAUAAUAAUUUUACUAAACCUUAAAAUGAUAGAAUACUAAUCUAAUAAAUCUUCAUCUGAGCAUAAAUGCACAAAUUAAACAUUAGAAUUUAAGGGGAAAAGUUAAAUUAAAAAUCAUAUUUUAUAAAUUGGCCGUCAAUAUUCUCCACUUAGUGUCUCAUCAGAGUUUUUACAAAUCUAUAAGAAUUUUUAAGAAGUACAAUUGUACAGAAAUUAGUACUACACAGUGUACUCCACAAUUUAACAGUGUAUUUCAAAGUACUAAAACCUAACUUUUACAGUAAAACUACUAAAAUCUAUUAUUUAUAYAUUGUAUAUAAUGAAGACAUAGUAAACACAAAAUAUAUGUCUAAUUUAAGGAUAAAAUGACUUGAUAUUAAAGAUAAAAAUGAUUUUUGGAUGAUUUAGAAUUAUCCUACUGUCCACACAGAAGUGUCAAAAUGCCUUACUACUACAAUAUUUAGUAUUUUACGAUUUUUACAUCUACAGUUCACACUAGCUGAAAGUUACAAACUGUUUUUGAGGUGUAAUAUGAGAAUUGUAUUUUCAUAACAUUGUGAUUAAUUUUUACCAGUUUUUAUCUGCUAUAGCAUUUUAUUCAGAAUUUAACAUGUUUUUAUACAUCCUAUCAAAAACCAUUACUGAGGGCACCUUUUGUCUGGACAGAGGUGUGGAGGUUGUUUCCCUGCUGGAUUUGAUCACAAGUCCCUGCAGGGUGUCCAACAGGGUUUUUCCACUAAAGGUUCAAAUGCUAAACCAGGCCUGGUGCUGGGGUUGAUUCUUACCUGGUUCAUGUUUGGAACCUGUGUUCCAUAUUCAGAGAGCCAACUUAGAGCUAAAUCAUUACAUCACAUUAAACAUCUCUUCUAGUAAAUGUUUGAUCCARUUGGCUGUGCUCUGAGUUUCUGUAGAGGAUCAAAGUGCAAAAAGACACUGGCCGUGUCUAAUUCUUCAGUCUGUGAUGGAUUUCCAAACUAAACCAACUUGGUAAAAAACUUUAGCCAUCUUUUCUUUUCUGUUUAGUUUGCUGACGGAGGGAAGAAUCCUGGGAUAUCUGAGAAGGAUGCACAGUUGCAGCCUUCAUUUUAUGAUUUUCUGGGCGGCAUGAGAAGGAGCCUACACACUGGGACUGCCUUCAGUGUGGGGCCGUGAUGUAAGUGGCUGACAGAUGCACAUUCAGGAGGAUGCAGACCCUGAACUGAUGCUGCGCUCCUGUUGUAUCRGAACUCGAAAUCCUGAAGCCGGACUGACGUCAGUUCUGAGCUGAUUGCAUUCCAGUUUCAAACAUCGGAAAAAGCGUUUCUAUUAUUUUGCUCUGCAACAAUAAAACGUACAAUAAUA